UCGGGCUGUCGCUAUGGAGUAGUCGGAGCGGAGCUGAGUGGCGGUGGCAGCAGCGGCUGCGAAGUGGGGAGGCCUCGCCCGCGGCUUCCCCUGCGGCGCAGGCAAAGUGUAAAGUUGGAAACAUGGAGUCCAUGCUUAAUAAAUUGAAGAGUACUGUUACAAAGGUAACAGCUGAUGUCACCAGUGCAGUUAUGGGAAAUCCUGUUACCAGGGAAUUUGAUGUUGGCCGACAUAUUGCCAGUGGAGGGAAUGGGCUUGCUUGGAAGAUCUUUGAUGGAACUAAAAAGUCAACAAAACAGGAAGUUGCUGUAUUUGUCUUUGAUAAAAAGUUAAUAGACAAGUAUCAGAAAUUUGAAAAGGAUCAGAUUAUUGAUUCUUUAAGACGAGGAGUCCAACAGCUAACAAGGCUUCGACACCCUCGACUACUUACUGUCCAACAUCCAUUAGAAGAAUCCAGAGAUUGCUUGGCAUUUUGUACAGAACCAGUCUUUGCAAGUUUAGCUAAUGUUCUUGGCUGCUGGGACAACCUACCUUCUCCUUUACCAUCUGACAUUAAGGAAUAUAAACUUUAUGAUGUGGAAAUGAAAUAUGGCUUGCUUCAGGUUUCUGAAGGUUUGUCCUUUCUGCACAGCAGUGUGAAAAUGGUCCAUGGAAAUAUCACUUCUGAAAAUAUAAUUUUGAAUAAAAGUGGAGCAUGGAAAAUCAUGGGAUUUGAUUUUUGUAUCCCGUCAACAAAUCCUUCUGAACAAGAGCUGAAGUUCCCUUGCAAAGAAUGGGACCCAAACUUGCCAUCCUUGUGUCUUCCAAAUCCUGAGUAUUUGGCACCUGAAUACAUUCUUUCAGUGAGCUGCGAGACAGCCAGUGACAUGUACUCCUUAGGCGCUGUCAUGUAUUCAGUUUUUAAUAAAGGGAAACCGAUUUUUGAGGUCAACAAGCAGGAUAUUUAUAAAAGUUUCAGUAGACAGCUGGAUCAGCUAAGUCGUUUAAGCUCCGGCACUCUUCAGAAUAUACCGGAGGAAGUUCGUGAACACAUAAAGCUACUGUUAAAUGUAGCUCCUACAGUCAGACCAGAUGCAGAUCAAAUGACUAAGAUACCCUUCUUUGAUGAUGUUGGUGCAAUGACACUACAAUAUUUUGAUUCUUUAUUCCAAAGGGAUAAUCUUCAGAAAUCACAGUUUUUUAAAGGGCUGCCAAAGGUUCUGCCAAAACUCCCUAAGCGUGUUAUAAUCCAGAGAAUUUUGCCUUCUUUGACCUCAGAGUUUGUGAAUCCUGAUAUGGUACCCUUUGUUCUGCCUAAUGUUCUUCUGAUUGCUGAGGAGUGCACCAAAGAAGAGUACAUCAAGCUCAUUCUGCCUGAUCUUGCCCCUGUUUUUAAACAGCAAGAACCAAUCCAGGCUAGCAACAUGAUUUUACUGAUUUUCCUGCAAAAAAUGGACUUGCUACUAACCAAAACUCCACCAGAUGAAAUAAAGAACAGUGUUCUACCAAUGGUUUAUAGAGCCUUAGAAGCACCUUCAAUUCAGAUUCAGGAACUUUGCUUAAAUAUAAUUCCCACAUUUGCUAACCUAAUAGAUUAUCCAUCAAUGAAAAAUGCAUUAAUACCAAGAAUUAAAAAUGCAUGCUUACAAACUUCUUCUCUUGCCGUCCGUGUAAACUCACUAGUGUGCUUAGGAAAGAUUUUGGAGUACUUGGAUAAGUGGUUUGUACUUGAUGACAUUCUGCCUUUCCUACAACAAAUUCCAUCCAAGGAACCUGCAGUACUAAUGGGAAUUUUAGGUAUUUACAAAUGCACAUUUACUCACAAGAAGUUGGGAAUUACCAAAGAACAACUUGCAGGAAAAGUAUUACCCCAUCUGAUUCCUCUGAGUAUUGAAAACAAUCUAAAUCUCAAUCAGUUCAAUUCUUUCAUUUGUGUCAUAAAAGAUAUGCUUAAUAGACUGGAAGCUGAGCAUAAGACCAAACUUGAACAACUUCAUGUAAUGCAAGAACAGCAGAAAACUUUGGAUAUAACUAAUCAAAUGAAUGUAUCUGAAGAGGCAAAAUCUAGCAGUACUAGUAAUCAGAUUGACACAGUGUUUAACAGUAUAGGUACUGACUUGCUAACUAGCGGAUCUGAUAGCAAAGAAAAUGAACUGUCAUCAAAACAGAGAAAGACAUCACUUACACUUGAAGAGAAGCAAAAGUUAGCAAAAGAACAAGAACAGGCACAAAAAUUGAAAAACCAGCAGCCACUUAAGCCUCAAAUGCAUACAAUCACACCUCCAGUAAAACAGGCAAAGGACUUAACAGAAACUUUGAUAGAUAAUAUGUCAUCUUUGACCAGUCAUUCUAUUAGUAAACCUAAAGUUGCUUCUUCAGGCAGCUUCUCUUCUGUCCCAUCUAUGGGUAUUGGAAUGGGGUUUUCAUCACCUGUUGACAGCACAAAAAGAAACAUGACAAAUGGCCUGAAUACUACCAUAGGUCUUCAGACUUCUGGAUUCAGCAUGGGGGCUGGUACCACAAACCAGAAUUUCUUCAGCAGUCCAAGUGGAACUGGAACAGCCAAGGUUAACAUAGUGCCAGCCCCCAAUAUGCCAAACUAUAGCCCUGUGAGUGCAACAUCUGCAGUCUCACAGCUGACCCAACAAAACAGACCUGCAGAUAUGUCUUCUCUAGAUAAUCUUUUUGGUCCUCAAAAACCCAAAGUCAGUAUGAACCAGCUGGCACAGCAGAAAUCAACCCCGUGGGUUAAUCAAUUUGUACCCCCUCAGGGGUCCCCAGGCACAACCAGUUCAGUGUUGGGACCACAGAUGAACAUAGUAGGACAACCUGGUUUUGGUAUGCAGGGUAAUCCUUUCUUUAAUCCUCAGAACUUUGCACAGCCAACAAACAACACUAUGACAAGCAGCAGCUCAGCUAGCAAUGACUUAAAAGAUCUUUUUGGGUAAAAUGUUUUGCUUUCUUUUUCAAUGAUUGCUACAGUUUGAAUCAUGGGUAAGCUGACUGACAUCUUAUUAUGAUUUGGUAAAAAUUUAACUAAGAAAAUUUCCCAUCUGGCAAAAUAAAGUUUUUUGCACAGGAAAAAAGACUAUUUACCUGCUGACUGGAUAAUAUUGUGGAAUUGCUUAAGUGUAAAGUCACCUUAUGCAAUAAAUAGUUUGCUUUAUUUUCCCAAUCUCAGAGCUUUGAAGUCAGGAUACAUUUAACCUUCAUAUGUCUAUUCAUAAAAAAACUAAAUUUUCAGAAAUUUGUGUGUGUGGUUUUUUUACUCCAUCAGUUAAAAAGCCACAUCUU